GAUCGGGAACCUGGGCUAAGACGUGGCCUUCCAGGCACCCGGCAGAGCGCAGGCGGGGAGAGAGGAGCCGCCGCAAUUCGGGUCAGGCACAUACGAGGGCAGCCACUAGCGCCGUCCCAGAAGCCCGUGCGCCUCCCCGGGUCCUGACGGGCCUCCGGGUCUUCCGCCGCACGUGUCUUCAGCGCGAUGCCCAAAUCCAAGCGAGACAAGAAAGUUUCCUUAACAAAAACAGCCAAGAAAGGCUUGGAACUGAAGCAGAACCUAAUAGAAGAGCUUCGGAAAUGUGUGGACACCUACCAGUACCUCUUCAUCUUCUCUGUGGCCAACAUGAGGAACAACAAGCUGAAGGACAUCCGGAAUGCGUGGAAGCACAGCCGGAUGUUCUUUGGCAAAAACAAGGUGAUGAUGGUGGCCUUGGGGCGAAGCCCAUCUGACGAGUACAAAGACAACCUGCAUCAGGUCAGCAGGAAGUUGAGAGGUGAAGUUGGCCUCCUUUUUACCAACCGCACAAAGGAGGAGGUGAAUGAGUGGUUCACAAAGUAUACAGAAAUGGAUUUUGCUCGAGCUGGGAACAAAGCAACUUUAACUGUGAGCCUGGAUCCGGGACCCCUGAAACAGUUCCCUCACUCCAUGGAGCCACAGCUGAGGCAGCUGGGCCUGCCCACUGCCCUCAAGAAAGGUGUGGUGACCCUGCUGUCUGACUAUGAAGUUUGCAAGGAAGGUGACGUGCUGACCCCAGAGCAGGCCCGUGUCCUGAAACUUUUUGGGUAUGAGAUGGCUGAAUUCAAAGUGACCAUCAAAUACAUGUGGGAUGCCCAGUCGGGAAGAUUCCAGCAGAUGGAUGAUGACCUGCCUGAGAGCGCACCAGAGUCUGAGGGAGAGUCUGAGGAGGAGGAUGACAGCUGACUGUCGGCCAUCCAGAAAGUUCUUCAUUUCCACUGGACCAUCCAGGACUGCUGUCACCCCUCUGCAGGGGCGGCUAUUUAUUUUGCUAUAGAUAAACAUAAGGGGGGUGCUAGGGAGGGCUUUGUUUCUAUAAAGAAUAAAAUGUUGUCCACAGGGUGUUCCCUGUAGACAGCAGGAGUCUCUUUUUAGUAAAAA